GGUUUUUCUUCAUUUUUUCGCUGUGAGGCUCCCUCUUCCAUGGACUUAGUCAUCUUGGCUAUCGAGGAGGCUAUUCCGCAAGAGGGAGCAUCCAGCACGCAUCAGGUUAGGGCCGCUGCAGCCGAGCGAGAAAUCCUCGGGACGGUGGAAGACGGAAGUGGAUCUGAUUGGACUUCGGCGGUGCGGGAAUCGGCAAGAAAGGGCAAGAACAAAGCAAAAAUACGGUAUGCAUGGGAGGGGCAACAAAGAGGGCAGCUACGGUCCGGUGAUGGCGGUCGGUCCUGCGCAAGUUGCGCUCUCGGCUCGAUAAAGGCAGACCUUGGCAGAGAAAUUCUUGUGGCGAGCAAACGGCAGUACCGCAACAAGGCGGUGGCGACGCCGGCGACGAUCGUCAUCGAGGGCCGCUCAUUGGAUCAGAAUUAUGGAAACAUGCCAACUUUUUGGAUUCUUGGUGUUCGAUUGAUUAUCCAUGGAUUUUCCUUUGUUUAAGCCUUAUGGGCAUUUCCACGAUCCCGGGGAAGGCCGCUUCGAUCUGAUGCGGAGAAGCAUGGCCUUGCCCUACUCAGCCGCAUCCUCGGGUUCUUCAAUUGCACCCCGCAGAUAUCAACCGACAACCGCCAUUGAGUAUCUACCUCCAGUAUUGAAGCUGAUGUUUCUUUUUUCUUAUAUCUCUACUGUACUAUAUCCAUACUGUAGGUAGCUUAGUACUAGCUAGGUGCCUUAUCAAAGGACCUUAAACACGUAGCAGCAGUAACAGUAGCAGCAACAGUA